AGUCGGGGGGAGGCGGCGGCAGCGGCAGCGGCUGCGGGCAGCGCGCGGGGCGCAGGGCGCGGGGCGAUCACCGUCGGGGCUCGGGAGGCGGGCAGUGGGCACAGGCUCCCCGGUGCCCGCCCCUCCGCUGCGGAGGGGGGCCGCGAGCGGGCGGCCGGGGAGGGGCCGGCACCGCCGCCGCAAAAUGAGCCUGCUGUCGGCCAUCGACACGAGCGCCGCCUCGGUGUACCAGCCCGCCCAGCUGCUCAACUGGGUCUACCUGUCGCUGCAGGACACGCACCAGGCUAGCGCCUUCGAUGCCUUCCGGCCCGAGCCCACCGCCGGCGCCGCACCCCCGGAGCUGGCCUUCGGCAAGGGCCGCCCCGAGCAGCUGGGCUCGCCCCUGCACUCCAGCUAUCUCAACAGCUUCUUCCAGCUGCAGCGCGGAGAGGCGCUGAGCAACAGUGUGUACAAGGGCGCCUCACCCUAUGGCUCCCUCAACAACAUCGCCGAUGGCCUCAGCUCCCUCACCGAGCACUUCUCAGACCUGACCCUCACCUCCGAGGCUCGCAAGCCCAGCAAGCGGCCCCCACCCAACUACCUGUGCCACCUGUGCUUCAACAAAGGACACUACAUCAAGGACUGCCCCCAGGCACGCCCCAAAGGCGAGGGCCUGACUCCAUACCAGGGCAAAAAGCGCUGCUUCGGCGAGUACAAGUGUCCCAAGUGCAAGAGAAAAUGGAUGAGCGGGAACUCCUGGGCCAACAUGGGGCAGGAGUGCAUCAAGUGCCACAUCAACGUGUACCCACACAAGCAGAGACCCCUGGAGAAGCCCGAUGGCCUGGACGUGUCCGACCAGAGCAAGGAGCACCCGCAGCACCUCUGCGAGAAGUGCAAGGUCCUGGGCUACUACUGCCGUCGUGUGCAGUGACGGGCUGCCCGCCCGCACCCAGAGCCACCCCCCGCCAGCCCGAGGAGACGCUGCUUCCCUGUGCUACUCCGAUGGGCUGCGUGUCGCCCUGUGCAUGGGGUGCCCUCGCAGGCCUGCGGGGCUGGGCCGGGGGCUCUUAGCGUCCUUGUCUUGUGUGUGUUGACAAACAGUGUUACUGACAUUGCUGCCCCCAACAGGCCAGGGAAAGCAGGGAGUCUGGGGCUUUUUGCAGGCAGGCCUGGGGUCUCAGUGGAGGGGACAAAGGCAAGCAAAAGCCCAUGUCCAGGAGCCCUGGGUGUCCCCACAGGCUCUCCUCUGAGAGCCUCUUUGGGGUGAGCAGCCUUGUAUUGGCCACAGGUGCACUAAAUUUACUGUGAAUCCCAAACCUCCCCAGACCAGACAGGCCGCCUGCCCCCACCCAGAACCUUCCGGUUUGCCCUGUAUGGAAAGCCACUCUCGGAAAUCCCUCUUUCCUGAGUCAGCAAUCAUGGCAAGGGGACAUGUGUUCCAACAGCUGCUGGGGAGUGGACCUCUCUGUCCCUUGCCCACCUUAAGCCCCAAAUCCGGACCCCCUCUGACAUCACUGGCAUUGCACCUGGGUGUGUCCCCCUCCCCACCCUAUGGACCCAGAUAGGAGGGGUUAGGCAUAGGGGAGGCACAGAAUGCUGGACAGAUGCGUCCUGGGGAACGUGGGGCAGCCCCUCCCACAACCCCCACCAGACUGCCUUAGGUUUUGUCAGCCCCACUCCCUUUCCUUCCCCUCUGCCUCCCACCCACUCUGGGGGUCCACAUCAAGAUAGCUGGGCCCAGUGUGGAAGCCCAGCGUGUCUGUUCUAGCAGAAAGGACACAAGCCUGGUGUUCUGGAGACCUCGGCUCAAGUCUUUGCCCUGCUGCCGACGCAUUGUGUCACCUUGGGCAAGGACUUCGCAUCUCCAGGCCUCAGUUUCCCCAUUAGUUAAAUGACAGCAUAACACUAGAGAGCAGAGGGCCCAUUUCAGCUCUGUUGUUCUGGGAUUCAGGCUGGCCGGUGCUGUGUCCUGGAGCUUUAUUUGGGGAGUUUCACCCAGAAUGGUGGGAGAAACCUCCCAGGUGCCAGGUACCCCGCAUCGUGACCCUUCACUUGGUGUCUUAGGAAGUCAAGCUGAGGGAUGCUGAGUCCUCCCCUGCUGGCCCCUGCAGCCCCAGCCUUGCUUUUCAUCCCCCACCCCUGCAAACAUGGAGGAGCCCCCUCCUUCUCACCUUGGUCUCCUAGCCCCUGACAUGGAGAACCCUGAGACAAGCCACAGAACCCCUCUUUUCUAAAAUGGAGACAAUAAUUUCCUACCUCCCAAGGGAGCAGAGAGGCCUCGUGGCACGUCCCUGGCCAGGGAGCCCACUGUCCUGGCUGGCGGCGGGAUCGUGCGCUCCUCUGUCUCCCGGAUGAGAAGCCCCGUUUCCAUGGUCUUGACCCUUCCUUUCUCCCGGCUGUCAGAACUGGGUCUCUUGAUUUUGCCCCUACAUUAUGCCUCUGUGGGAAAAAAAAAAUCAGACCAAGAAAUGGGCCUGAAAUUCAGUGUUUACCAUGGCUCAAGGAUGCCCAUCUGGUGUCCAGUUGCCUUUUGUAUUCAAAUGAAAAUGCUUUGUACAACUGAGGAGUUACGGUGAAGUGUUAACCAGGGGUCCAGGGAGCGAGUUGAAAAGAUGGAGUGAGUGUAUUUGCAGCCAGGGAGCUGCAGGGUGGAUUUGAGGGGCCAUACCCUCUGAGCGCUUAAAAAAGGUAUUUGCUCCAGGCCAGGCAGCAGGCUGUGGACACCCUUACCACCACUGGGGACUGCCACUGAGGACUCCCCGAGCACGUUGUUCCCCGUCUUCUCCAAGGUGUUGAGGUGAGCUGGAGUUGGCCCCGGCCCAGGCUUCUGUCCCAAGGAGAAGCUGCCACUGACAGUCAUCCUACCGCACUGCUAAAGAGAAUGUUCGCAGUGGUGGGCGGCGUGCCUGUGCCAACCCUUCCAGGGACCCGGCCGUGGGGGACCUUGGCCCAAGGAUGCCUGGGGCCUGCCAGCUGUGCUGCAAAGGUGGGGGGGCCCACACCCUAAAACUAACCCAGGCCCCAGACCACUGGAGGCCAGGGCUUCCCUGCACGGGCUAAGGGGAGUUGGGAUAUCACCCCAAAGUGACCUUGCCAGUGAGCUGUUCAGCAGGUAGCCACUGCCCUGCCAUCUGUGCAGAGCCAGCCACCUUGGGGGCUGGGGUUCCCGCUUUGAGGCCCACCCUCCAUACUCCCCUUGACUCGGCUCUGGCUGAACUGGGGAACUCUCUUGUGGUCAGCAAAGCCCCUGCCAUGCAGGCCAGGUGCCAUUGAGAAUUAAGUGCUCAGAGGGCCAGGAGCCCAGGGGACGGGAAAGUGUGUGGUUUUAGUACGUUCAAAAGGGACAAUCGCUUGCAGUUGGUAGAUCUAGCGAUCUAGUUGGGAGAUAAUGGUGUUUACCCCAUAUGAAGUAUUCAAUAGUUCUACUUGUGAAUUUGUAUUUAUUUUGAGUUAUACUUGACACAGAAUUCCUUUUUUAAAAAAAUAUGUGUGUAUUUUGGAAAAAAAAUUCAUAGAUGUUAAAAUUUCUGCAUGGUUACCAGUUUUUCUCACAACACUGAAUUUGGUAGCUUUUCCCGAAAAAAUCUUCACAGUAAUUUUUUGUCUGUAUAUAUUUGAGGGCCUUUUUUUAAAAAAAAAAAAAAAAAAAGAAAAGAAAAGAAAAAGAAAAUAAAAAUAUAAUUGUUUGAUUUUUGAGAUUAAAACAAACAAAAAGAGAGGCAUUUUCAAAACUUCAGAACUUUCAGGAGGGCAAGAGAAUAUCAAACAAAGAUUUCUGGAAGUAUUUUGCCAACCUUCUGGUUGAGCUGCAAGAAAAUAUUUAUGGUGAGAACUUUUCUGUUUCCCGUUAUUGGGUUUUUGGUUGGUUUUUGUUUGUUUUUUACUAUGCUUUGGUCUGUAAAAAUAUGCAACUGAACUACAUUCAGAAGGAAAUAUUGUCUACAUAGAAUAUUAUAUGAAGUUGGUACAUAAUUCUGAUGAGGAAAAAAAAUCUUUGCAAUUCUUUAAGCCAUAUUGUUGUUUUUCUGUGUUGUUUUUCCUGGAUGAAAAUAUCAGUAUUAAGUAGACAGCAUAUUAUUCAAGUGUUUAGACUUAUUAAUAUGUUCUUGUCCUGUAUUUAUACAUAUGUGUAUUUUGGAAAGUAUUGCCUUUUUUAAGGGAAGCUAUAAUUCGAUACAUAGUGAAAAAGGGAAUGGUGACCCCUUUGUGCCUCUUCCACUGAGGAUAACAAACAGCAUUGUAAUCCAUUCUCUUGCACCUUCUUCUUAUUAUCUUGUUAUUACGGUUUUAUUAAUUUUGUAGAGGGGCAGGGAGUGGGCAAGGGGAAGAAGCAGCUUGUUUGACUAACCAGCCCCUCUGUGGUCCACCAGCCUCUUGGCUUGGUGGGAGGGCUCUCAAUCAGCAGGGCCCCAGGAGGGCAGAAGAAGUGGGGCAAAGCCUGGCCUCGCCGCUCGGGAGCUUUGCCAUCUGAGCCACGCCUCCUCCAGGCCAUGCUCCUUGAACUUGGAAAUGUCAACCGGAGCCCUUACACCAGCCCUCCAGCAUCUAAUAGACUUGAAUCUACUCUAAACGAAUAUUUAAUCCAACCUCACUACAUUGUAGCUCAGUCCAACGACUAACCCUGAAAUGGGGGUGUUCCAGCCUUCAGCGAGAUGGCCAAGCGGUCCCCUGGGGGCUGUGGCAGCGGGCUUAUCCUUCUCUGUUGCCAACCUUGCUGUCCGACCUCCUCCGCCCCCAUGCGGUGACCCCGUCCGUGUCUGUGUCUGUCCAUACGUGUGAGUCCAGCUAAAAAGACAAAACAGAACCCGUGGGCCCAGCUCGGAAGGUGCGUGGAGAAGGCUCCGACGUCUCCGAAGUGCAGCCCUUGGGAUGGCAUUCCGUUGUGUGCCUUAUUCCUGGAGAAUCUGUAUACAGCUCGCCUAUAGAAAUAUAGCCUCUUCAUGCUGUAUUAAAAGGACUUUUAAAAGCAAAA